AUGGCCGCCAGCCGGCUGCUUUGUCCGGAGCAGCUGGUGUUGGUCCAGCUGCUGCUGAUACAAUACGGCACUGUUGUACGCACCUGCAAUCAACCGGUGAGCAUGCUCUUUCUAGACACUUGGAUCGAACAGCAGCAGCAACAACCAACUAGUUCCCUGUGGUGGGAUGAACGAAUUGACGCUAUUUUCGCUCACGUCGACCGUAUCGACGUGGUGAACGGCGAGCACAGCCCAGGUCGGUUGGAUAGGGAGUCGCUGCGCCUCCGCACGGUCCGCUGGUACAGUGCCAGCCCGGGUGGACUCUGCCCUCCCUCGGGCCCUCCGGACGAAUGCCAUCCAGUGGACGACCUCGAACACUUUCGCGCACGCUGGUCUGCGAACGACUAUGGCGGGUAUAUCAUUUACGGUCACCUCGAGGCCAACGCCCUGCUGGCCUACUACGCGUGCCUGUUCGAUCCGUCCGGGACGUACCUUCUCACGGUGGACCAGCAGCUGCAGCCGGACGAUCGACCGCCCCUGCUCGCCCGGCUCCGGCAGAUCUGGUCCGAGCGCGGUGCCUUCCGAGUGUUCGUUCGCCUACGCGACGGAGAACUCCUCACCUUCAACCCCUUUCAACCACCGGCUACUUCGACCGUUGGAUAUGGCGCACUGGUGUCGAUUGCCUCCGGAGACCCGCUGCCCAGCGUACCGGCGAACGAUUUCCACGGAUACCCACUGCGGAUCGAAGUGUUUCGAUCGGUGUACAGCAAUCCGAUCGUGGACGAGUUGCGUCAACAGCGAUCCUCGGCCAGCAGUCCCACACCUGUGGACUACCGCGGCGCAGACAUAACGACCCGUGACGUGCUUCAGCAGGCGCUCAACUUCACCGCCAUGCACGUGCCGGCCGACAAGGAUCUGUUCGGCGACCGGCAGCCGAAUGGGAGUUUCUCCGGCGCGCUCGGAAGGCUGGUGCGGCGCGAGGUCGACAUCGUGUUCACCGGUUUCUUCAUCAAGGACUACUUCACGCGCGACGUGGAGUUCACCGCCAGCGUGUACUCGGACGCCGUCUGCUGCCUGGUGCGCAAGGCGAGCCGCAUCCCGGAAGCGCUGCUGCCUCUGUACAUCUUCCCGGGCGACAUCUGGGCGCUGCUCGGCUUGCUCGGUGUGCUGUGUGCGCUGGUGUGGGGCCUGCUGCGCCGGGCCAUCCGCGCCCUGUACGCGCAACGCCGCCAGUCGCUGUGGUCACGCCGGCACCGGCUCGCCGUGCUGUUCAACCUGGAUCGGAGCAUGCGCCGGGCGACGGCCAGCCGGCAGGCCGUGCAGCUGCUGAUCGACGCGUUUGUGCUGCUGUUGAGCGCGCCGUACCAGCGCUUCACCCGGUCCGGCGUCGAGCGGCUGUUCCUCGCCGGCCUGCUGCUGGUCAGCCUGAUCUUCGUGUCGCUGUACCAGUCGGGCCUGUCGGCGGUGUUCGUCAACCCGCUCUACUACCCGGACGUCGGCACGCUGCAGCAGCUGGAGGCGAGCGGGAUGGCGAUCCCGGUCAAGUACCGGGGCUUCAUCGACGACGUCUUUCCGGUCAACUACAGCCGGCUGAUGACGGCACUGCGCGCCCGGAUGCAGUACCUGCGCGUGCCGGAGUCGAUGCUGACGCGCGUCGCCCGCCUCGGCACCGUCGCCACCGUCACGCGCCGCUCCACGCUCGCCCUCGACAACGCCAUCUACAUGACCACGCGCCAGCUGCACCUCGUGCCGGAGUGUCCGCGCACGUACAACCUCGCCUACGUCACGCCGCGCCGGUCCGCCCUCGGCGAGCGCCUCAACCGGGUGCUGCUGCGGCUGGCCGGGGGCGGCCUGGUCGACCACUGGAUCGAGGAGAUGCGCUACGAGUGGACGCUACGCGACCGCCCCGUCGUCCAGCGCAUGGUACAGUCCGACUUCAAGGUGCUGACCGUGCUGGACAUGCAGUUUGCCUUCUACGUGCUGGCGAUCGGGCUCGCCCUAAGCGCCGGCGCCAUCGCCCUCGAGCUACUGUUCUACUCCCGCUCCCGUCGAUCCGUCCCCCGGGCGCUCGUUGACGCCGUGCGAAUGUUUCAACGCUAGCCUCUGCUCUAGCGACCCGUCUCUGAACGUACAACAACUACUCGAGUACAAAGGAAGGGCAAGCUGGAGAUAAUAGAAACGAUAAAAUAGGAAACAAAGCGAUACUGUACGAGAGGAUUAUGGGAGCCCU